AUGCAAUUUUAUAAGUAAGAAAGCUGUGUAUCUAAUUAUAGUUUUGAUGAAAACUCACUACCAGAAAUAUACGACGAUACUGGAAAUUAAGGAUAAGAACUAAAUAUUAAUUAUCAAUCUAAUUAGCAAUUUUAACAAGAUUAAGAGAAUUCCCUAUUUGAAAAUCCAAUGCUAUAAAUUGAAAAUAGUGAUAAUCAAUAAAAUUGUUAUUAAUAACUAGAUUAAGAAUAAGAACACGAAAUCUGUCACUAAUCAUAAAAAAGCACAAUAAUUGCUAGAAAAAAAUCAAAAAUUAGAUUAAAAUAACCAAAAAAAAUAUAUAAAGAAGAGCCUAUUGCUUAGGAAUGCGAAAAAAAAGAAUCAACAUAAUAAUCAGAGACAAAAAAUUUGCCUAAAUUCUAUGCUAAUUCAAUUUUAAAUAAAUUGGAAAAUCUGAACAUGAUUUGUUAAAAAUAAAAUCCAUAGAUCAAGAAGAAAAUAAAAAAAUUUGAUGAAAAACCAAGUAAUUUAAAAACCUUAAGAGAAAUGCUUUAAGAUCCAAUUAUUAAUAAAAUUACAAUUGAAUUUAUAACUAGCUUUGAUUUUCUCGAUCAAAUAUUAGGAUCAGGAAGAUUAUAAGAUGUUAAACCACCAAUUACAUAUUUAAAUAAAUUGUAUCAAGGAUGCUUAAAUACAGAUGCUUUGAAAUAAUGGAAAUGAA